AAACACAUAGACAUUUGGCAAAAUCUCAGCCUCUCUAUCAGUCUAGCUCUGAUGAGUCUUGGACAUUAAUUACUGUAUCCUCAGCAAAAUCAAAGAGCCCCGCUUCAGUUCCUGGGUGCAGGCAACGUAUGGCAGAACAACGAUCUCUACGUGAUUCCACCACUUGAAGUCCAUUGAUUGGGAAGGGCAGAGUAAAAGAUCCAAGAGCGCACUGAUAUGCUGAGGCUGAAGCGUUUACAAGCUUGGAUGGACUCAACAGGCCGUUGAGUGAAACGUUAGUGAGCUUUACAGUGUGCUGUUGAUUCUCUGAUACAGGCCGAAUCCUGACGUUGCCAUGAAGAUCUCUGGGACUUCACUCGACCUGAGUGCAACAGACUAUGGGAUAACCCUGGACCCUACAUUCACCAUGCUGGAGUUUGACGGUCUACGUGUUCUCCCUGUGCAAACAGAGCCACUAAUUCCAGGACAUGUGCCUACAUCAGUACCAGUGGCUGCGCCGCAGCAAAGCAGCAUGAAUCUCUGUGCUAUCUGCGCAGACAGAGCUACAGGGAAACACUACGGUGCAUCCAGCUGCGAUGGCUGCAAGGGUUUCUUCAGGAGGAGUGUACGCAAGAACCAUGCCUACACAUGCAGGUUCAGCAGGCAGUGUGUGGUGGACAAAGACAAAAGAAACCAAUGUCGAUACUGCAGACUUCGAAAGUGCUUCAGAGCCGGCAUGAGGAAAGAAGCUGUUCAGAAUGAGCGUGACCGUAUCAGCUGUCGUAGAGAAGGUCAAGGCGCCGGGACUCUCACCAUUGAUGUGCUGAUGCAGGCAGAGGCUUACACUCAUCAGAACCAGAAUCCUAUGAGGGACAUCAACACCAAGAAGCUAGCCGGCGUGGGAGAUGUGUGUGAAUCCAUGAAACAGCAGCUACUCCUCCUAGUGGAAUGGGCGAAGCGCAUCCCUGAGUUCUGUGUGCUCUCGGUGGAUGACAGGGUGGCACUGUUAAGAGCUCACUCCGCUGAGCACCUCAUCUUAGGGGUGGCACGACGUUCACUUCCCUACAAUGGCAUCAUCCUGCUGGGAAACGACUUCAUCAUUCCUGUUCGAGGCACCGAGCAGGAGAUGUCCAAGGUAGCCACUCGUAUCCUGGAAGAGCUGGUGAGACCGCUGAAAGAGCUGAACAUCACAGACACUGAAUUUGUCUGUCUCAAAACCAUUGUCUUCUUCGCCCCAGACUGUCCUGGACUGCAGUGCUCUCAGGCAGUGCGCCGACUGCGAUUCCAGGCCCAGGUGCUGCUGGAUGAGGCCACGAGCGAGCAGCGAGGCCGGUUUGGGGAGCUGUUGUUGUUGCUGACCACACUCCAGAGUGUGGCCUGGCAGAUGGUGGAGCAGCUGCAGCUGAUGCGUCUCCUGGGCAAAGCCAGUGUGGACAGCCUGCUGUUGGAGAUGCUCCUGGGAGAAGAAGCAAGCAGAGGAUCUGAAGCACUGCCAGCCUCAGAGUCAAAUCCUGAGCCACUUAUAUUCACCACAGCUACAGAGUCUGUCCUCUCCAGAGGAAUACUGACGGAGCAUAUCCCAAUGCCUAACUUCACAUCCGUGAUCCUUCCUGUACCCUCCUCAGCUUUGUCUGAAGAUCCCCUGCUACCCACACACACCGGGCCUGAGGUCUUCACACAUGGACAAGCAGCAGACAUGCCAAGAGAAAUGUCCAACAGUCUCGCCAUGCCAACUGUCCACACGUGCCUUUAACCACAUGUAUAAAGGUCCUCAGUUAAACAGACAUGAAUAACUUUAUAUACUUAUGAACUCUACUGAUAAACACAUAUAACUGAGGGCAAGGAGUCAUUAUAUUUUACAUACUGUAUAGUGAGUAGGAUCAUGCAUAAUAUUAGUGUUAAAAUCUAACAGUGUUAAAAUUUUAAUGUGAGUGAAAAAUUAACACAAUAAACGGUCUCCAAGCAGUAUAUAAAUAUUUUGUAUGGAGAACACUGGUAAAUGAUUGUCUAAUUUAUUGGAUGGUGACAUGGCAGGGCGCAUGCAUAAACAUUACAGUUCAACAACUCUCAUGGGUUCAUGAUUCAAUCAGAUACCAGAUGUCAAACACAUGAGGGUUGGUCUGCCGUAUAUGUAGAAAAAUGUAUGCCUGAUUUUUUCCCACUUGAAUAUAUCAUAAGAGAUUUUCUCUAGGCCUUAAAUAUCAUUGUUUUGUUAUCAGAUCAUACACUGUAAAAAUAGAUAAUACUAUUUCAGUUUUUGUACUUGAAAAUGUCAUU